GCCAGCCGACCGUCUCCUGCCUCAUACCACCAUCUCUCUCCUCCAAUGGCUCCUUAUCUCGAGACAGUCAAGUCGUUCGCAGACGUUCCGAUCACCGACGCUGGCGUCGAUACCCUUGCUUUCCUCGAAGCUGCCCAGGGUGUCGUGGGCCUCUUCGACCUCCUCGGAUCUGCCGCUUUCACCGCUGUCCAGAGCGACUUGAAGGGGAACAUCACUAAAGUCCGUGCUCGGUACGAUGCUGCCCCCGAGAAGUCCGCCACGCUCGAGCUCCUCGUCGUGAACGAGAAGACUGAGAAGAAGCGGACCGCAACGGAGGGUCUCCUGUGGCUCCUCCGCGGCCUCUCCUUCACGUGCAAGGCCCUACUCGCGGCCCAGGCCAACCCUACCGAGGAGCUUGCGACUGCGUUCAGCAAGUCUUACGAGGCCACGCUCAAGAAGUUCCACAACUUCGUCGUAAAGGGCAUCUUCUCGGUCGCGAUGAAGGCGUGCCCCUACCGCGCCGACUUCUAUGCGAAGCUCGCUGCGGACCCUGCCGGCGGGCCUUCCCUCCCAGCCGACAAGCUCAAUGAGGAGCUCAACAACUGGCUCGCGGCCCUCGAUAGCAUCGUCAAGCGGCUCGAGGACUUCUACGAGAAGGGCGGGCACGGCAAGGGCUUCUAAUUCACGCCUUAACAAGCUCACACACACACGCAAUCAUGAACACGAACACAUGUACCGCACGAUAUGCGCGGAAAUGUAUCUGAGAUGUCUGUACCAUCGC